AGUAAAGUAUGAGACAGGUAACAUAAAAAGCAUGAUAAACAGCCCAAAACUCUGUGAAUUUUUUAACAUAUCAGAUUCAUGUUUAAUUUUCACAAUUCAUAAUUUAAAACACAAGAAAUAAUUAGGUACAAUUUUUCAUCUUUUUUUCUUUCCCAAAAUUUCUGAAUUGGUCUGUGUUCGCAGAGCCUCAGGUGAUAAAAGGAACUUCCAUAAACAGUCAGAAAAAUUCUCAAAAAACAUUCCAGAAACUCAAAAUACAUGAACUUCAGUAUAAAAAACUGAGCCAAAAAGGGUAUCAACUAUGUCUAUGUACUUCGUUUUGAAUCAAGGACAAUCAACAGUACUUACUUACUCCCUAUUUGCAGCCUAACUACACUAAAGUGAACCUGUUUUAAGCCAUAAAAAGAAUUAUAAAUAUGUAAAAUGUUGCCCACAUCAUGUAACUAGAUUAAUUUAAAAUCUAAUGAAAAUAGAGAAAACUUUCUUUAAAUGUCAAAAACCCAGCUAAAUAACCAUCUGAAAUAUUAACACAAAUUCUCCAUGAUAUAAUCCUAAUUAUCUUUUGAUGGGAUCUCUGGAAUAAAUUCUGUCAAACAAAAUUAAUCUAGAAUGCUUCAUGGAAAGAAUGGAAGUGAUUUCAAAAAACUGAAUAAAAAAACAGCAGUGCUACCUUAAACUAGGAAAUGAACAAAAUUUAGGUGAAGCAGGUGGGGAUGAACAAAAAAGAAAGUAAGCUUACUGGACUGAAACAUGUACUGGCAGGAUACUUAAAAUAGAAUGGUUAGUUCCAUAGAAAAGGGUCUUACUGUUAAGAAAAUAAGUAUUGUGGCCUCCUGUCCUCUUUCCACCAUCUUUCCAUGCGGCCCUAAUGGUGCACAUGAGUGUCCUGGCAGGUGUUCUCAAGAGCAUUAACAAUGCCGAAAAGAGAGCCAAACACCAGGUUCUAACUAGGCCAUGCUCCAAAGUCAUCAUCCAGUUUCUAACUGUAAUGAUGAAGCAUGGUUACAUUGGCAAAUUUGAAAUCACUGAUGAUCACAGAGCUGGAAAAAUUGUUGUGAACCUCACGGGCAGGUUAAACAAGCGUGGAGUGAUCAGCCCUAGAUUUGAUGUACAACUCAAAGAUCUGGAAAAAUGGCAGAAUAAUCUGCUCCCAUCCUGCCAGAUCAGUUUCACUGUGCUGACAACCUCGGUUGGCAUCAUGGACCAUGAAGGAGCAAGAUGAAAAUACACAGGAGGGAAAAUCCUGGGCUUCUUUUUCUAGGGAUGUAAUACAUACGUGCAAAUAAAAUGCCUCAAUGGAAAAAAAAAAGUACUGUGAUCCAAACAAUGUUUAAGAAAGUAAAAUAAAACAAGAAGGAUAACGAGGGAAGGUAAAAUAAAAGUAAAAACCUGACUCUAUACAUUACGUUAAUUUUUUUUAAGCCCCAAACCAAACCAACCUGAUUGUAAUUACUUAGUCACUUCAACUCUGUUCUUACAAAACACCCCAGGUUUUGUCAGGCCCUUCAUUCUGCCAUACCCACCCACCAAGCUAAAACUUAACCUUGUUCAGAAUAUGCUUAGGAUGCAGAUACAUCUGGGUUCAAGUGCAAUCUGAACUUGGACACCUUACUUCACCACUCCAAGCCUAUUUCCUCAUUGAUAAAGUGAGGAUUACAUCACUUACUUGAUAUUUGCAUAAAUGGAGUGCCUGAACAAACAUAAGACACAGCUGACCCUCAAACAACAUGGGUUUGGAGUCCACUUAUACAUGGAUUUUUUUCAAUAAAGUAUUUUC